AUGUCUGAAUACAAUAAGCGAUUAAGAGAGACUUAUCUGCAAAAACAAGAGUUAGGCGAACGAGAGCGAAUGAUAGCGCAAAAUACAGUACAGUUUGCGGAUUUAGGGGGUGUUUCUCUGCAACAAGAGGAAAUAGUCAAAAGCAUUCGGUUGCCAUUAGAGAAACAGAAGUAUUAUGAGUAUAUUGGUAUUAAACCGGCCGUUGGAAUUAUUGUCCAUGGACCAAGCGGGUGUGGAAAGACAGUCUUUGCUAAGGCAGCAGCCAAUGAGUGUCGGCUGCCAAUUAUUCGGUUAAACCGAGCCGAUUUAGUAGCCAAAGGAAAUCCACCCGAAGAUGCCGCUAAGGACUUGUUGAAAAAAGCCGAAACAAUGUCGCCUUCAAUUGUGUUCAUUGAUGAGAUAGAUACAUUUUGCCAGCCACGAGAGUCUUUAGAGAGUGAAGGAGAUAAACGGGUGGUCUGCCGUAUGAUUGAGAUAAUGGACAGUUUGCCAAAAGGAGUGAUUAUAGUAGCCACAGCCACUACUAUUGGUGAGAUAGACCCGGCUUUACGCCGAAGUGGACGAUUAGAGAAGGAGGUGGCUCUAUGUGUGCCUUCAGAGUUAGAGCGACUUGAUAUUGUUAAGAAGAUCUUGCGGGGAGUAAGGCAUGCUUAUUUAGACUAUUAUGCAAUUGCUAAGGGCACACCAGGAUUUGUUGGCGCAGACUUACGGUCUUUAAUCACUGAAGCCGGUAAUUUGUGCCUACAACGAGUGUUUGCAGCGGGCCUAGCAGAGAAUCUAGAGAACUUUGCUAUUGCACAAGAAGACGUUCAGAUGGCUUUAGGGCGAGUACAGCCAAGUGCGUUAAAGGAAGGAUUUGUGGUUACUUCCGAUGCUAACUUUGAUGAUAUUGGGGCACUAAAUCGAGUGAAGAAGGUUCUAGACAUGGCAAUUGUUCAACCGUCUCUCUAUCCCGAUCGAUUUAUCCAGGUAGGAAUUAAACGACCGGCCGGAGUACUUCUGUAUGGGCCACCCGGAACAGGCAAAACCAUGCUAGCUCGAGCCAUUGCCAGUAAGUCCCAUUGUAACUUCAUUUCCGUUAAAGGACCAGAACUAAUCAACAUGUACUACGGAGAGAGUGAACGUGCCAUAAGAAAACUCUUCGCUCGAGCCCGAGCUUCACAACCGUGUGUGAUCUUCUUUGAUGAAAUUGACUCUAUUUGUGGCCGACGAGGUGGUAAUUCUAGCCGGUACACCGAUACGCUAGUCAAUCAGAUCCUAGUUGAAAUGGAUGGUUUAGAGGAGAGAGGAGCAGUCUACUUAAUUGGAGCCACAAACCGUAUAGAUAUUAUUGAUCGGGCUUUACUUCGGCCAGGUCGAUUUGAUCGGGUAGUUGAAGUAGAGGCCCCUUCUGAUGACGAUUUAGUCGAGAUUCUUGCUAAGAAGUUAACCAAACUAGCCACUGAUGAAACAGUCGAUCCAAGCAAGCUACCUAUGUCCGGGCUAACAGGAGCCGAAGUAGACCUACUUGUUCGCGAAGCCGGGCUAAUCUGUCUAGAGGAGUGUCCUUCUACUGACAGCCCACGCAUUUCUCAAGACCAUCUCCUCGCCUCACUCCAAGUCGUCCUAGAUAAGAAAGAACGUCUACUCAAUCGCUAA